CUUGGACCAUGAUUGAGCGACUUUGUUUAGACCGAUUGAUAAGAUUCGGUUCAAAAGAACAAUAAGCUCGCGAAUAACACAGCCUUCUUCCAUUUCCUUUUCCUCUCUCCCGGACAUGUAUGUACGACGACAUGUCGUCGUGUUUCUGUGCUGUGCGAUGCUCACUGUAGGACUGACAGAAGGCAGGCGCCUGCGCACGAGUCGCAGCGUCUGUGAGUACGGGACUUACAAGCAUGAGGGAAGAGAUUGCUGCCUUUGUGCCACAGGUUAUAGGGUCUUGAGUGACUGCACAGAAACAAAUGUCAGAGUCUGUGAGCUGUGUGAGCCUGACACCUAUAUAGAUCACUCGAACAAUGAGCACAAAUGCUGGCCUUGUAAAAUCUGCAAUUCCAAUGCAAACAUGGAAAAAAUGCGGAGCUGUUCGCCAUCUUCCAACACUGUCUGCGGGUGCAAGAAAAAUUAUUACUGUGACAAGGGUGACCUGUGCAAGGCCUGUUAUCCCUGUGACACGUGCGAGGAACAUGGAGUGAAAGAAAAAUGUACAGAGACCACCAACACUGUGUGCCAUGAUGCCAAAGAGCCCGUACAGCAGCAAGGUGCCAUUGUAGCUGUUUUGGUGUUACUCAUACUUGUGGCUGUUUUUGGUGUGGUGGUCUUUUGGCUAAGGAGAAAACGCAAGUUUUGUUUUAAUGGCAAACCGAUCGAACCACCAGAACCUGUGGAAGAUUUAGACCUGGACCCUUACCUAAUAGAUAUUGUUGAAGUUCUGGACUGGAAAACAGUGAAACGUCUUUCCAGGCGCAGUGGCAUGAGAAAUACUCAAAUUGAGGAACAUGAGCUUAACAACACAAAUGAUGUAAAAGAACAGAAAUACACACUUCUGCAGGCUUGGUCCGAGAGACAAGGUUUACGUGGAGCCUACCCAGCUCUCAUCAAUGCUCUGCGUGAAAUGAAUCAACGAAAAACAGCAGAUGAGAUCAAGAAAAUAGUUGAGAAAGACAGACUGAACGAGGUGUGAAUUAAAGAUGCAAAGGUGUCAAAUUUCCUUUUCUCUCAGUUUACCUCCACCCUGAUUUUAUUUGAAAAUGUAAUGUUAUUUUUAAUGACUUUUUGUUUACACUCAGGGCUCGCAAAAUCUCUAGCCUGACAUCCCAGGGCUAUUGUGUUUCCAGUCAGGUUACCAAAAUGUAUCACCGCCUUAAAUACAAGAUUCCUGCGGGUCCUUAAAAAGUCUUUAAUGUAGUUAAAUUCAAAUUCAAGGCCAUAGAAGUCUUAAAACAGUGGUUCUCAACCUUUUUUUACUCCAAGGCCCCCCUCCUCUCUGAAUCAAUACUGCAAGACCCUUCAAAUAUAGCAGGCAGCUUAUGUAAAGCGGCCCAUAGAAAAAGUCGCUAAUGAGGCAUCUACGUUUACAUAUCUAUGGCAUUGAAUAUGCAUUUUCAAUAAGCCCAUCUGCUAUUUAUGUUCAGAUCAAUGCGAACAUCAACCCAUGUUUUACACAGCAAACACACAGAGUUGUAAAUGUGAAAGAAUCUGAAUUCUAAUUAUCUAAACAAUUAAGACAAACUUAUAAUAUAUUUAGAUGCUUAAGUAAAUGUAUAUGCUAAAUUAAUUUCUAUAUAUGCUAUAGGGAUUUUGAAAUUUUGCGAGCCCUACAAUGCUAACUAAUGCUGGGUCACUUCACUUGAAAUGAUGAAAGAUGAUGUUUUAAGUAAUUGCAGCCCUGUUUGCUGAAUAUAUCUUCUGAACAAAAUAUAUUUUUUUAACAAAUGUGGUCAAAUUCUUAAUUAUCAUAUCCAGAGUCACAACGGCCCAGACUCGACCAAACUCCUUCAAAAUUCUCCCAAUAAGUCCAGCAUUUAGUGCAAAAUCAUUUUGCAGUUUCCCAAAUAUAUAGUUUUUUCAGCUUUCUGAUAAGACUAUCAUAGAUUCCUUCACUAACAGCUGGCAGAAUGAUAACAAAAUAAUAUGUAAUUUUAGACUGAUCUACUGUAUAAACAAAAUCAAUCAAUCAAUCAAUCAAUCAAUCAAUCAAUCAAUCAGUGUUAUUUAAGUGUCAUAUUUCUUUUUCUCUCAGUAUACUUCCACCCUUACUUUAUUUACUUAAUACGUUAUACUGUUCAUCACAAGUAAUCUUUCAGGACUCAUUGUAUCAUUACUUACAUUGACAUCUGUAAAUGCUGGGUCACUUCACUUGAAAUGAUAAAAGAUGAUAUUUCAAGUAAUUGCAGCCCUGUUUUCUGAGGACAUUUGCUGUACAAAAUAAAAUUAUUUUGUAACAAAUGUGGCCAAGCCCUUAAAUGUGGCAUAUUUAAAGCCACAAAGACUCAUCCAUCAAAUUCUCUUAAUUAGUCCAGCAUAUAGUGCAAUAUCAAUUUACAAUUUCACAAAUGUUAUUUUAUCUUUCUGAACAUCUCAAUGGUGUUUUUACAUACAGUAGAUCUCAUUAACAGUCUGUCCUAUAAUAACACAAGUAUUUAAAUAUAUAUAUAUAUAUAUAUAUUUAGCUUUCAUGAAGGACUUUGUGUUGAAAAGCGUUGGCAAAAUAGUAAUUUUUUUUCAAUUCCAUUCUCUGAAUAGUGUGAUUUCUCCACUACACAAAUGUUGCUGGUUUUGUUUUAAAUUACUUUUGACUUCUUCCAUUCACCUUGUUGAUUGCGUGAAGCUGCACCAGAAUACAACAUAUCUAUAAUGAUAACAAUGCAUGUCAUUAAUCGCCACUGCUGGAGAAAUGCAUUACCAAACCAGAUCACUGCUGCCCAUCAUGAUUGAGUGAGUUUUUAAAUUUUUUUUAUGUCUUAAUGUGGAUAUUGUAAGAAUUAAUGGUACAAUAAAAAAUAUGUCUUAGUUUUUUAUUUUAAA